CUUGAGGUGAACUUGACCUUGUUCUACAAUUGGAGAAAAAGACACUGUUUUAACUAGUGUUCGGGCUCUGCCCUUUUUUUAUGUCCUCUCUGACACCUGCGGACGGUUACCUUGCGUAGAUGUAAAUCAUCUUCAUAACAUUACACUUGGCUCCUGAGUAGGCACAGCAAUCCAUAAGUUAUAUAUAAGUUUUUGCUUUGCAACAAGCUACAAGUGAGAAUGCCGCUUGCACCUGCGACGCCUCCCACCCCGGGAGUGUUGGUGAAGCUCCAUGUAGCCAACGAGAUGAACGGCCGCUUUGGCAUCGUCUUCGAAGAGAGCGGCGACUGGUUCCGUGUUCGCGUUUGCAUUAAGGCGCAUCAGAAUUUAUUUGCACAGAAGAUAGAUUAUUUUCACAGUUUCCUGAAUAGGCGUACUAUAACUAGGAUCCUGACGUGGAAAUCAAUUUCGAAAGUAGAUGAAAAGUUAUCGCGAGUGCUAAUUGUACCACGAUGGAGGAGCCUCUGAAGAUAGUAAGGGCGAAAAAAGAGGAGCUGGAGGCGAUAGAGAUGUGCGUUCUCCUUUACGCAAACCUGGAGUCCUCAAAACACCUCGAGCGCUUCGAAGUACUUCAUCGAUGACUGAGAGCAAGGACAUUGAUAGGAUUGAAAAAACAUUUCACACUGUUCGAGCCUUUUAAUGGGUGCAUCAUCAGUAUGAGAUACAGCAGAACUACCGUUGAUGUGGUUGCCGCUACGUCUAUGUACUCUCAUGUUCAAAGAAUAUACAUCCUGAUACGCCGACUUCUCAUUAGUUGUGUGGCCAUUUUUGAAUAUUGUUGAGGAUCAUGUGAUGAGGAACUAUAGAAGAUGCGUCUUGGUAUCAUCUGCUUUGAAUUUGCCGAUGAACUUUCCACCCGCAGGAUGCAAUGGAAAGUAUAAAUCCGUUGCUGCAGAAUGAUGUGGACGCGGAUUUCCGCCCGCUCAUACUCUUGAGCUACUACAUCGAUGAGGGCUUGCGGAAAACGGAACUCGGUCAGCGACUGGAAUCUCGAGACGAGGACGCACAGACUGACGCCGGCGGCGCUAGUGGAUUGAAAAAGAAAACGCCACCUGGUAAGAUGACGAUCACAACUUUUAUUUCUGGAUUAGGAAAAAUAUCUACCAGGUCAAAUCGCUCAGUAGAAGUUUUAAAACCUAGUGAUGGGGCGUCGACUCUCCGCGGCUCCUAAAAAGUGAAACGGAAAGACAUACCAUCGUGGACGUACUCUAAAUGCAAAUGAAACAGAACGACGUAGCAUCAUUCGCAGAGUUGAGGAACCCAUGUCACCCGGGCAACACUUCAGCAAGUUGCAGCCAUUAAUCCCUGUCAAUUCCUGGUCCUGCUUUCAAGACGCGGACUCCUUGAGCUGUAGUACUCGCUUUGCAGCAUUUCUAGAAUUGAGGCUUGCCCACUUCACUCCAAUGAUUAAUUGGACUAUUUCUUUCAAAUUACAGCUUCUAUCGCUUGCUUGUACCUCUCAAUUAGGUUAACAAAUCACUGCUACUAAUAAGCAUCUUUCAAGAUGAUUUCGUUUGUAAGGUGGGAAAAGCAUGGGGGCAAAGAUGGUUGUCAAGAUAUUUGUUUCAGGCAAAACCUCUAAUAGAAGUCUUACAACAGUUGGAUGCUCCCGAGGGAGCCAAGGAAAAGUCCUCGUCGAGACCGCCAGCUGCGGCAACGAUUGGCCGCGUCUUUCUCAACGUGCAAGCGGGGUGGUGGCCGGGGAUGCUAGAGCGCGUAAAAAAGGACAAGGAAUUUGAGCGACCGCGAAACGCCGAAGAAGUCGACCAGCUUUUUGAGGCCUUAGCGUUAGGCGUGCAGCCAGCGCCGCGCAACGAACGUCUCUACCCCUACCUAUUUCGUACAAAAGCUUGCUUUGGGCCAAAAGAUGAGAGUGGUCCGACAGCGAAUGAGCAGGAUGCGAAAGCAAUCCCCUGCCACUUUAACAAAUGCGCGACAGAGAAAGCGCUACUAGCAUACUUCGGUGAGCGCAUGGAGGAAAGUAGCAUGUGCAAAACCAAGGACUGGCAACCAGUGGACUUCGAGGGGACCCCGCAAUCCGCGGAGGACCCCCUAGAUUGGGCCUACAUGCCAGAUGCGCUUCUCGUUUAGCUGCCACAUCAAAUUCGCAUUGUGCGUCAAUGACCUGUCUACUACCAUGCAUGCGCAACAAAUUUAGGCAACAGUUAAAAAUCAUGUCAAUUCAAAAGUGUUUCAGUGCGGAGUUUCCAGCUGAGACAUUCG